AUGCCCGCAAAGUGGCUCUGCGUCGCCGAGAAGCCCUCAGUCGCCAAGUCCAUCGCGCAGAUCCUGUCAGGAGGGCAGUUCACGACGCGAACAGCCCGCAAGCCGCAAUGGAUAAAGAACUACUCGUUCUCGUACCGACAAGGCCAUCAAGGAGCACAUUCCGACUUCACCGUCACCUCCGUCGCCGGCCAUUUGACCAGCUCCGACUUUGACGACCAGUAUCGCAAGUGGCAUAGCUGCGACCCGCGGGACUUGUUCGAUGCGGGUAUCCGGACGUUCGUUACUCAGGAUGCAGACCACAAGGGCAUCGAGUCGAACCUUCUCGCCGAAGCACGGAACGCUACGCACUUGAUGAUCUGGACGGAUUGCGACCGUGAAGGCGAGUACAUCGGGUCUGUCGUCGCCGAGGUUUGCCGCAAGGCCAAGCCCAACAUCGUCGUCAAGCGCGCGCGAUUCAGCGCCAUCAUCCCAGCGCAGAUCAACCAGGCGGCGCGGAAUCCGGUCGAUCUCGACCUGCUUCAGGCGGCUGCUGUCGGAGCAAGAAUGGAGCUGGAUCUGCGAGUCGGGUCGAUCUUCACGCGAGUCCAGACGCUCGAGCUGCAGCGGCAAAUCGGCGCCCUUGAGGACAGCUUGAUCAGCUAUGGACCAUGCCAGUUCCCGACUCUCGGCUUCGUCGUCGACCAAUACGAGCGGGUCUCGUCCUUUGUUCCCGAGCCAUUCUGGUACAUCCACGUCGCUCUGGCCCGCGAAGACUCGAAGACGACUUUUGUGUGGCGACGAGGAAGGCUGUAUGACCGGGACGUCGCGCAGGCGCUGCUUGACAUAGUCGAGGAUGCGGGAGAGGCGCGUGUGACGAAGUGGGAGACGAAGCCGACGCAGAAGUGGAAACCUCUGCCUUUGACGACAGUCGAGCUGCAGAAGAGCGGAUCUCGCCUCCUCCGCAUGCCGCCGAAGCGGGUUCUCGAGAUUGCCGAAAGCCUGUACCACAAGGGUAUCCUCAGCUAUCCCCGCACCGAGACCGACCAGUUCGACCGCGACUUCAACUUUCAUGAGCUGAUCACGCAGCACAAGGGCGACAACGCUUGGGGGACGUUCGCGACCAACCUUCUCGACAACGGCGGCUUCGAGCGACCGCGGAACGGCAAGAAGAACGACAAGGCGCAUCCUCCGAUCCACCCAACUCAGCACGUCAACAACCUCACGGGCGACGACAAGCGGGUAUACGACCUCGUCGUGCGGCGGUUCUUGGGCUGUUGCUCGAAGAACGCAAAGGGACUCGAGACAACUUGCGAGAUUGAAAUUGCUGGCGAGGCGUUCUCGGCCAAAGGCCUCGUCAUCCGCGAGCGUAACUACCUCGACGUCUAUAUCUACGACAAAUGGACGGGCAACCACCUGCCCGAGUUCCAGGUUGGCGAGCGCUUCGAGCCGGACGAGCUUUCGCUCAAGGAGGGCAUGACGACGCAGCCGUCGUUGCUGACCGAAGCGGACCUCGUCUCGCUGAUGGACAAGAACGGCAUCGGCACCGACGCGACCAUCGCUGAGCACAUCUCCAAAAUCAUUGACCGCGAGUACGUGAUCAAGCAGAAGGAGGGCAGCGUCGAGUACCUCGUCCCGUCGACUCUCGGGAUCGGUCUCGUCAAGGCCUACGACGCUCUCGGCCUGGAGAACUCGCUCAGCAAGCCUCACCUUCGUCGAUUGACCGAAGAACGGCUCGUCCAGAUUUGCGAGGGCAAGAAGAACAAGGCGGACGUGAUCACGCAGUCGCUCAAUGAGUACCGCGAGGUCCUCUUCCGUACGCAGCAGCAGAUGGCCGCUUUCGUCGCUACCGUUCGCCAGUACGUCGAAGGCAAUCUCGGCCAGGUUCAAGGAGGUGGAAACGGUGGUGGAGGAGGCGGAGGAGGUCACGGUGGCGGCGGCGGAGGAGGAUGGGGCGGGAACGACAGCGACGGGGACGACUUUGACGGAGGUGGCAGGGGCGGCGGAGCACGGAAGCGGACGACGCAAAAGAAGCCGGCUGCGAAGAAGACGGCCGCCAAGACUGCAGCUGGACCUCGCGGGAAGGCGGCCGCAGCCGGCAAGACGGGUGCGAAGAGCACGGCGGCAAAGCGGAAGAAGAAGGAGGAGGAGGACGAAGACUUCGCCUUCGACGAUGCGGCGGAUCAGGACAUCCCGUCUUGCGGCUGCUCGAUCCCGGCUGUCGAGCGCACGGUCACGAAGGAGGGUCCGAACAAGGGGCGCAAGUUCUUCGGCUGCUCUAAAGGCAUGAGCGAUGGUUGCGGCUUCUUUGCGUGGGCAGAUGAGGAGGGUUCGGGCGGAUCAAGCGGGCGGAAGAGCGGAGGUGGAGCGGUCGUCCCGCAGAAACGGCCGCUGGCGAACGGUUCCAACCGCCAGCCGACUCGUAAAUCGGCCGCUUCCGACGAGCUGCGCUGCGAUUGCGACUUAACGCCUCAACGCUUGACCGUCAAGGCGGAAGGUCCAAAUCAAGGUCGCGAGUUCCUCAAGUGCCCGAACGUCUCGAAGAACGCGCAGUGCAAGUUCUUCACUUGGGUCGAUUCUCUUGACGGCGACGCUGGUCCGGCGCCGAUGCGAGGACGCUCGAACAGCAUGCAAGGUAGCGGAGGAGGUGUGGGAGGAGCGAGCGGCACUUGCUUCCAGUGCGGGGAAGCGGGACACUGGGCGAGCGACUGUCCUCAAGCUGGCAAGGCCGCGAAGACGACUCGCAAGUCUGGCGGUUCUGCUUCGGGCGGAGCGAGCGGAGAAUGCUACAUCUGCCAUGAGGAGGGUCAUUGGGCGAGCGCGUGUCCGCAACGAGGUCAAGGCGGAAGCAGUGGCGCGUCAGGAGGCGGUGGCGGCUCGAACUACAGCUGUUACAAGUGCGGCGAGCAAGGCCACUUCUCGAAUGCUUGUCCGAAUGCCGACUCGACCGGCACAUCUGCAAGUCGAGGACGAGGACGAGGUCGUGGUUCUCGAGGCGGCGGCAAGGCUCGUGGGCGAGGACGAGGAGGGAAGCGGACCGUCUCGAAUGACUCGGAUUAA